UUGUGAAGUUGCUACGUAUCAACGAAGAAGAGAAAUAUAGCUUCCGGUUUGUAGGAUACGUCUUCGUCGCCGACAUAUUGCAGCGGUCGAGGCCAGUUAAGGUUUUAAGAAAAUGCCAGACUUUUGUGCUGCGUUUGGGUGUUCUAAUGAAAGAAAUGCCAAAACCAAGGAACAGGGAAUUACAUUUCACAGGUUCCCAAAAGACAAAUUUAAAAGACGAGCCUGGACGACAGCGCUAAGGAGAAGAAACUUUGUGCCCAAUGACCGCUCAGUUGUCUGCAGCUGCCAUUUCAAGACACAAGAUUUCGACAGGACAGGGCAGACGACCCGUUUAAGGGCAGGAGUGAGCCCCUCAGUUUUUACAUUUAGUGAUACGGAGCACCUUAGCAAAGUUCCUUGUGAGCCCAGGACGAGCAGGACCUCACAAAAAGCAGCUGCGGAAAUUCCAGAUUUUCAUAUUCAGCCAUCGAAGGACCUUCAACAGUUGACCUCAGAUCACCAGUAUGCCCUUGAUUCAGUUAAAGUAAAACAGAAACUGAAUGAAGCUCAGGAGAGGUUGGAGGAGUUGCAGCGGGACUUGAGAAAUGCCAAGGAUCGGGAAAGAAGACAUAAGAAGAUAGUUGAAACCCUGUUGGAUGAUUUAAAACGUAGAAAUAUGCUCACAGAGGAACUGCAGCAGAAGCUUGAUUUCCAUUCUGGUGUACAUCAUGAGUCCUGCUGCAGUGCUAAGAUGGAGCUACACGCCACAGUUAAACAAUGUAAACACAAGAGGAUUUGCAAGCUGCCCACAGGUCAAAAGAAAGCAAAUAAACAUCCACACUGCCAAAGUGAAAACGUCUUCGGCACCACAGAUACGGAGAAAGACUCUGGAAAAGAAUGUUGAAUAAACACAGGUCAAAGGCUGUUCUCCAAAAGUUGCUAAAUAUUUCUACCUUCUACAACUGUAAAUUGUGUGUGUGUGUGUGUGUGUGUGUGUGUGUGUGUUAUUACUAAUGUGUAUAGUAAUAUAUACUAUGUGUAUAGUAAUGGUUGAUUAAUGAUCAGAAUGAAUCAUCAAUGACUGUUAUUAAAUCAGUUUGUGGCAUUGAUCCCACCAUCGUUCAGCAACAGGAGGUUUAUCCAGCCCACGCUUCAAGAAUGUGGGCACAGCAAAUGGAUUUGCAAUUUCCAAUGGUAAAUUUACAUGCCUGAUGUGUUUUUGUUCAUCCAGCAUUGCCUAAUAGGCGCCUAACCUGUUCACCUUUUGCAGGUUCUUUACAAUUACUACACAUUUUACCUGGAAGCAAGUAAAUGGUAUAUUUAUCAUAUUCAUGAAGACUUGUGCUUCCAGUAACGUUUCCUCACGAUACCUCAUUUAUAUAAAGCAACAGCUUCACAAUCAUUUAUAUUUUAAACCUCUGCGAUGUUCAGCUUCAGUUUAGGUUUGUUUGAAAAUGUUGCUCUAUUAUUUCGCUGGCACUUUUAUGUGUCAUAAAUGUUAAUGUGUUGCUAAGCAACCCUGCUGCUAAACUGUAUAAACGUUUUUUUCUGUAGUCUGUGACUUAAAAUGAAAGUAAUGUUAUAAUUAAAAGCAAUUAAGGGAAAGUGGUUAUUAAUUUAUACUACAAAAUACAUCUAAAGUACAUUUUUAGGUACAUGUUGUUUAUAUACGUUGUAGUUUUAGUACCACAUUCUCAAGUUAUUAUUGUGGUCCAAUUACUCUGAUAAGCUCGUGACCCUGCAAGAACCACUGCACUGGGUAGAAGGAGCCAACAACAGUUGCCCCCCCCCCUCUGUUUAUGUGGCUGCCUGUGUUCAUUCACAUUGUGCAUAUCUUUUGUUUACUUGCCAAAUUGGUUUCUGUUGAAACUGGUUAUCAGGCAAAGCUAAUGUGUAACAUCCACCUCAGACACCUUCAAAUGGAAUCCAGGAAUGUAAUAUUAUAGUUACUCAAGCUUUCCCAGCUGUCAUUUGGGCGAGAGCUGGGGGUCACAAAUCACUGGUCCUUCACAUGGAAUUGUAUGUGGCUUUUCAAACUACUGUAAUUAAUGUCAUAACUACUUGUCUUCUAUUAUUACAAUUUUAAAUAAAUUUAUUCUAUUUGUUUAGUACAACAUCAUUAGGUCAAUGAGUAAUGAAACACACCCCAUACUUAACUACAUAAUUUACUUCCAGUCUUACAAACUUAUCUAUCUGAGACCAAAGCCUAAAAGUGGGAGAAUAAUAGGCAGUACAGUAUGAAUCCUGCUGUUGUGUAAUGUGUACAUCUGGUUUGAGAGAUAAUAAACUACAUUAGGCUCUU